AUGGGAAAAGGUGCCUAUCGCCGAAUCGGACCACAACUGGACGGAUCCAGAAGCGCCUUUUUGCAGGAGUCAGGGCCGUCUUUCGUCAGGCUGGCGCGCCUCUGCUUGACUAAAACAUUCGGCGUGGAGCAGGCAUGA